CUCACCAACAAAAAUUGGUCCAAUAAAAGAUAUUAUCUCACCCACUUUCUGUGUCAGAUUUUUUUGUUAGAUCAUUGAUUGUUUGACUUGCUUCACUAUAGUGUUUCACUUGGGCCUUCAUAAACUUAUUGAAUGAUACAGGGCUUUGGAGCGGAGCUGGAGCAUGGAGCAGUGGAGCUGCAGGCUUUUGCCUGGAGCUGGAGCGGAGCCAGAGCACAGCUCCAAGGCCCUGGAAUGUUGCCCUCUCAGAAUUGUCUAAUUUACUCAGAACUAUACUGUUGUGAAGAAAUGAGAUGUUAAUCUGCCAGGCUUUAAAGGAUCUUAGUUUAAUCAUCCUGGCUCAGGCCACUGGAUGUCACCCUUAUUGCACACACAUGUAGCAGACCCUUUUUCUUGUAGAAGAAUCCUGUUAUGAUGCUAGACUCCCUGCUUUCAUAUGAGGAGAUGGAGGUUCAGUGUUAGGGGAAUCCUGUUCUCUAAAAAACAAGUACUAUCUUGUCAUUCUUGAGAGGGAAAUUAGAUACAGUUUGCCCAACUUUUCUAGGAAAUGUUGAAUAUGAGCAGUAGGCAAUUUUGUGCCCCAGUGUAAGCAAGAAUAUUGCAAGAUGUGUGCCGCCUGUAUCAUUAAUGCGCGCACACCCCUUGUGUGUCAUUCCUUUGUUUGCCCAGGGGGAGCAAUCUUACUACUCUAUGGAAGUUGAGGGACCGAUGUGAAAAUAGCAUCUGGGAACCUCUGGUUUAUGCUGCAUGUCAUACUACUUUUAUCCCGUAGCUUGUGGUAUAGCAGUGCUUUGUAGUGUGCGUUCAUGUUUGAAGUAGAUAUGUGGUACUUCAUAAGGCACAAAAGCCUUUGCCUAGAGAUAUAAUUUCUUGGCUUACAGAUAGAUGAGACACACCGGCAAAUUAAUCAGCGCCAGUCCAUAGCUUCUGUGGUUGUGAUAAAUAAAGCAGAUGGCUGUGGGAACAUGUAUGCUAUUCAGGCCAUUGCUAGAAUUCCCCUUUGAGAAGGGGUAUUAAAAUUUGGGAAUAAACUUCAAAGUGAUCUCUUUAUAGCUUGGAUCAUAUUCCACACUCUGCCCUUGGUCAGUGUAGGCAGGAGACUUCUGAGAGCCAGCAGUGCAGGUGUUGCUUCUCUCUUGCCAGCUGUUCCUCUGUAGUCUCUACAUUGCACCUGGGAGCCAGAGAGCUGUUUCUUGGGAGGGACUCACUUCAACGUGAUCUUUUCUUUGUAAUUGGCCUUGUGUCUCAGUUUUUUGUUUUGUUUGUUUUGCCAGUUUCCUUCCAGGCAUGUGAAUUCCUGUUCAUCCACUAUCACAGGGGCACUGUAAUAGGAUGUACUGGAUGGAAACUGAACAUGAAUAUCUCUCAGCAGGAAAUGUAAUGGGAUGGUGUCCCCAUGGGAUGGUGACUGCAGCCAGAUGGGCAUCACUUCACUAAUCCACAGUCUAACUUGCCCAGUUCUGAUGGCUUCCUAUUGGCAGCUUUCUUUCUCUGCCAGAAGGAACUGGUUGGUUGUAGCAUGUGGGUGGCUGUUUAUGGAAACAAAAAGUUCAGUGAGGACGGAGGGUAACCUAUGGGUUGGCAAGGCAGAUGUUUGCCUGUUCAGAGAGUUUCAGAGUUCAGUCCUGCUGCUUGGAAGUAGGAUCUUUCUGUUUAGAUCUUCCUCCAACUCGCAGUACCCAAAACCUACUGAAAAGAUGCCUUAUUCCUGCUGAAGUGAAGAUGUUAUGACCAUUGUCCCCUUAGUCUUCAGUGAACUAUUCAGUGGAGCAUUGGUGGUUGGGAUGGCGACCUGAAGUGGAAACCCUUCACUUUUGCCUACCACACCAUCAGGGUGCCAAAGUCUUUAGCUGCCUUCUACCCAGUUGCCAAAACCCACAGUGUAUUUCCCUGAUAGCGUUCACAAUACGUGUGUACUCUGUGCAAAAGUGUGGCAGUAAAACCUUGGACACCAUAAAAAGUGAAUAACAGACGGAAUUCUGUACUGACCGCAUUAUUCAUUUUUAUAGUUAAUUCAGUAACCCCUUUCCCUCACUUCCAACUUACAUGAAGUUGCAGAAUUCAGAUUCCAAGACCAGAAGGGACCAUUGUGAUAAUUUAUUCUGCACUAUAGCUCUCAGAAACCAGAGGGCCUCACAGCAAGAUUCCAGUCCAGUUCGCUGCAAAUUCCAUGAGCGGUAUGUAGGUGCUCUCGAAGAGAUGCUCCUUGCAUUAAAGAAACACUCAAGCAAGCCUGCCCCUGAAUUGCUGAAUGAAUAUGCCCGCAAAGUGGACUUCUUAAAGGGAAUGUUAGAAGCUGAAAAAUUGUCAUCGUCAGCAGAAAAGGCCUUGGCAAAUCAGUUCCUGGCCCCCGGCCGAACUCCCACUACAACCAAAGAGCGAACCCCAGCUACUAAAAUGGUACAUCUGCAGACAAAGGCUCGCUACACUGGCAAGAUGAGGAGUGAACUGCUUGGUACAGAUCCCUUGUCUGUCAAUGAGUCUGAGGAGCUAAAUUUAAGGAAACGGAAAGGCUUUGUGUCUGAAGAGAAGCAGUCAGCAACUGAGCUGGAUGCCGUUUUACAGCAUCAUCGUAGCAUGCAGGAGAAGCUGGCUGAAGAAAUGUUGAGUUUGGCUCGCAGUCUCAAAAACAACACCCUGGCAGCACAGAAUGUUAUUAAACAAGAUAACCAGACAUUAUCUCACUCUCUCAGGAUGGCAGACCACAACUUUGAGAAGCUGAAGGAUGAAUCUGAACGCCUCGAGCAGCAUGCAAAGAAAUCUGUCAACUGGCUUCUCUGGAUAAUGUUAAUUGUAGUUUGUUUUAUUUUUAUUAGCAUGAUCCUCUUUAUCAGAAUUUUCCCUAAACUCCGAUAACUUGCACAGCCUCCAGGAGCAACAGAUAGGAAGCUUGAUAGUAUGUGACACACCGCUCAUUCCCAGUAAGUCUCUGUGACCAGUUUGGUAAUCACCCACUGUAAGGCAGUUACCUGCCUCUGAUCAUAUCCUGAAGGGUGUCACCAAGGGCCUAGUCUUCCAUCCCUUCCUUGGGUCCUUACAGGAGUUGGAGGGACACCUUGUGAAAGGCUUCCUAAGUUGGGUCCCUUGAUAUCCCUUUUGCUUGGCUAAUAUGGUUAUUUGUUUCUUGAGAGAGAAACUGCAAUAAAAAUGGCACUUUCAGUGGAAUAUCUCUAGAAAUAGAUCAUUCCAGGUGCCUUGGUAGAUGUGGUUAAGGCAAAUGCUAUUGUUCCUAUAUAAGGGAGAACAGUACACAACUGAAGGAUUAAAGGCCAUAUUUGCUCUUUAGACUUUAACAGGACCCUUGCUGGGAUUGUCUUUGUAAUCUUCCUGUGGCAGAUAUAGAGGGAGCAUUGUUAUUGAGUGGGUCCCCUUGGGUUAGAGUAGUCAAGAAGGAAAAUUAACUUCACAACCUUGCCCUUUGGCCAAAUGGACACUGGUCACUGAAGUCUCCUGAAGCCUGGAGUUAUGGGAGAAGACCGAGGUUGGAAAAAUCUAGUCUGGGAAGCUUGAACAAACCCACUCAUCUCCUCUUACAAUCACAAACCCUAACAUCCAGCCAAAGUACAGAGCAUGUCAUUUACCAUUAUUCCAUUCCUUCAGGAAGCAGCUGAUGGCGGCUGUUCAGCCCUAAACAUACAGUGUUCUCUGCAGACCCUGCCUGCCUUCGCAUCUUGUUGCUUCACUAUAAAAUGAAAGUUUAGGAAGUUGGUUUCUCUUUAAAUAAGGCAUUUACUUAAGGAAAAAAUCGGCCUGUACCUUCUGAGCUGGGCUUAUUUGCAUGUUUGUUUUCCUUAACACUUAUUUUUCUCGUGGAAGAUACCUUGAAGUUUUCAGCAACAUUCUGCUCUUGAUGAAGUGCUGGCUUGCUGUACUGGGUGAAAGAGAGUGGUUUAGUCAUCCACCAACCUGCUCAUAGAGAGUUUCUGUUUCUCUCUCUACCCCUAACUUUGAAAGCAUCAGUACUGGAAACUGCCUGCUUUCACUUCAGUUUAAACCAUUCUCCCUAUUACAAAUUGUUACUGUUGGUA